AUGCUUGUGGUUGAUGCUCAGGGUCAUAGAGGAGGGCUGGCUCUCCUUUGGAUGGAUACUGUUACUGUUGAUAUCGUGAACUUUUCGUUGAAUCAUAUAGACGCCAGAGUUACAUUAGAUGUUGGUGGUUCUCAAUGGCGUUUUACUGGUUUUUAUGGGUUACCAGAAUGUCAACGUUGUAGGGAGUCAUGGGAUAUGCUGCGUAAUCUGUCUGGUUUUCGCAAUGCAGUGGCUGAUAGUGGGCUCAUGGAUUUCCCUUUCUCCGGUAAUCAAUUUACAUGGGAAAGGUCUCGUGGCACUCCUGCUAUGGUUGAAGAAAAACUUGAUAGGGUUCUGGUAACGGAGACUUGGCUUUCGUUGUUUGAGGGGGCCAAGGCCUGUUCUUUAAUCUGUCCCUACAGCGACCAUCUACCAAUCAUGAUCACGCCAGAAAUGUCAAAUAUUGGUUGCCGCAGCCGUCGUUUCUGUUUUGAUAACAUGUGGCUCAAGGAGACAACGUGUAGGGAGAUUGUUGAACAUAGCUGGGAUAAAACGAUGGGGAUGGAUGUUAUUACGAGAAUAGCAGUGUGUAGUCAAGAUAUAUGGAGGUGGGGCCGUGAGUAUAAUAGGGAUUUUCUACGGAAAAUUGAAUGGACAAAAGCCAAGUUAGAGCUACUGCGCAGUAGGAGGGAUCCCGUGGGUGUUGCGGAUUAUGCUAGAACCGAACGUGACCUACUUAUUCUAAUUGAGCAGCAACAUUUAUAUUGGAAGCAAAGGGCAAAAGAGCACUAG